AUGAAAUUGGUUCACAUCGUUGCCAAGACAUCGGGCCGCAUCUUUGUCGGGCCUGAUCUUUGCAGAGAUGAAGUCUAUCUGGAUGCUGCCAUCAACUACACACUUGACAUGACGAGUGCUAUCCAAGCUGUGGGCUUCAUCUCACCUUGGCUACGACCAUUUCUAGCCUGGCGAGCGCCACAGGUUCAGAAGUUGCACAACCGUUUUCAACAGGCCGAUGACUUUCUCCGGCCAGUAGUAACAGCUCGCCGCCGGGCUGCACACAAUCAAGAUGGUGGAAAGCACAAUGCAGACGAUAUGUUGCAAUGGCUGCUGGAGUCUCAAGAUAAGUUUGGUGAACAGACUGAUCGGGAAAUAUCCAAGUAUCAGUUAAGCUUGACCUUUGCUGCCAUUCAUACUACGACGGCAGCAUUGACUAACUCGUACGUAUCCUUUCCGAGGUUGUUGGGAUUUCGACUGAUCUUUCGAAGUUUCUACACGCUUGCCGCAACACCGAAUCUGAUCUUGACAUUGCGGGAGGAAGUUGAAGAGGUUCUUGUCGAUACAUCCGGAAUCAUCACCAAUACAGCGAUAACGAGAAUGGUCAAGUUAGACAGUUUUCUGAAAGAAAUCAUGAGGUUCUACCCUCAAACUGCCACUGCAUUUCAACGCAAGGUCUUGAAGCCAGUAAAUCUACCGAAUGGGGAAGUUGUUCCUAAAGGGGUUAUUCUCGAAGUUCCAUCGCACGCGAUCAACUUUGAUGGAGCACUACACAAAGAUCCAGAGAAAUUUGACGCAUUAAGGUUUUACAAAAUUCGAAAAGAGAAGGAGGCCGCAUUGGGAGGCCAGAUGUCUUCCGAGGAAGCCUUUGUGGAAGCGGCAAUAAGCAACCAGUUCACCAGUGUCGGCGAUACGAGUUUGGCGUUUGGAUAUGGAAGGCAUGCCUGUCCAGGGAGAUUCUUUGCGGCGAACCAGAUCAAGAUGAUCCUCGCAACUGCUCUUUUGAAGUACGAUCUGAAGAUGCCGGAAGGCUGCAACGAGAGAUUCAAAAACCUCGCAUUCGGAUCACAGGUAAAGACCUCACAUUGGCUCCCUACAGUUCAGCUUCUAACUCUAUCACAGUCGGUCCCCGACCCCUCUAAAUGCAUCAUGAUGAGAUUGCGGGAAUAG